UUAAUAAAUAAUCUACAGAUUAACCCGAGAUUAUGGAUGACGAUUCAGAUGAUGAGACAUGCAGGGCGUGGUUGGAGGGUGAGGGGGGUUGUGUGGAGGACAACAAACCUCGCUGUUCAAACCCAACCAACUUAGUUGAAGCCUUUGGGUUCCUGGAUAAAAACGGUGAAAAAGAGAAGAAAGUUUUGCCGAGUUCCAAAGCUGCCAUACUUGGUAGUGGAAACGCAUUGAUUGUUAAUCCUUGCCAGAAAGGGAAUCCAAUCCUGGAGUUAAUACAUGGCGUGACGUGGAGGUAUGCUGAUGGAGACGCAAAUCUAGCUGUGGAUUAUAUAAUGGGACCUUCAACCUGUUGUUUGUUCCUUAGUUUGCGAUACCAUGCGUUGAAACCCGAGUAUAUUUAUGAAAGGUUGAAACUUCUCCGUCGUGGAGGAAUGUUCGCUCUUCGGAUCCUGUUAUGCCUCGUAGAUGUGAAAGACUCAACCCACUCAGUGCAAGAGCUGACCAAACUAUGCUUGGUAUCCGAUGUAACGUUGCUACUCGCCUUCAGCAAUGAAGAAGCAGCGACUUAUCUACAAACAUUCAAAUCAUACGAACAUAAACCUGCCGACUCGUUAAAAACUCGGCAAUCUGAUAACCGAGCGUCUCGAUCCAUAGAAGUCCUCGCCUCCGUUCGCGCCAUCAACUCCACGGAUGCUCACACCCUCCUCACUAACUUCGGAUCGUUAUCGGAUGUUGGAGGAGCAACUGAGGAGGAGCUUGGUUUGUGUCCCGGGAUCGGAGGAACAAAAGUUCGAUCUCUUCAUAGACUUUUCCGACAAAGUUUCUUGAAAUAAAACAAUAAAAAGCACGAAUGUUAUUUUCCGUUCUAAAAUAAUGGAGUAAUAACUGUUUAUAUGCUAAAAAAACAAUUGAUUAUGAAAUAAGAAUACUCGAACAAUGGCAUAAUGUUAGUGUUAUUGUAUUCGAUAAUAUGGGUACAGAAUAAUUUAUAACGACAUUAUUUUGCCGUGCCAUUCAAUGUUAAGCCUCCACAAAUGCUGUAUCACCCUUCUAUAAUCGCACAUACUUAUGUUAAAGCUGGGUAAACUUUAUGUUUAACAUCUUGUUGUUCACCAAUUUAACCACCAGGUUAUCACUGUUUAAUAUGAUGUCAUGUGUAAGCUCUGGUCUGUAUAUUUCAUACGAAGACCUUCUUCAUGUUUACAUGUCUAGCUGAUUGCUGUAUUGUUAUUCAACCAAAUCACAUCCCCAUUGAAACAUCACUAUUACAUUACUGCAUUUAAAACAUUCUACUUUUCCAAUCUGUUCAGUCCUUUAUUUCAUGUUUCGACAUCGUGUGAAAUUCACUUGCAUUUUUCUUGCUAUUACUUUACUUUAUAUAUUUUUCAACUAUUUGAUGUUGGAUAUAAAAUUAGUUGUAUUAGUUCAUAAACUACUAAUUAUAAAUAACAAUGUCUAUUGUUAUACAGGCUGUCUCAAAAGUGGUUACACUCUUUAAAUUACCAUACCAUCAACAUUUGAUUCUUAUUUUUUCAUAAUUUUUUGACCACAAUUGCCACCAAUUUAAACUCUAUUGAUACUUGGUUGGUUUCUAAAUUUCUUUAUAUCAUUUUGAUUACGAAACUUUUCAGUUUUAAUAUAAAUGUUGCUGUUAUGGUUAUAUAAGGAGUUACGAGUGUAUACAUUUUCUGGGGCACCCUAUAUAGGCUUAUUAAGUUACAAUGCUUGUGUUUAUAUAUGGUUAAGUUAUUGUUAUAUAAUAAGUAA